UUCGGUACCCCUCGCAGAUUAUCUUAAUCGGACUCGGGAGAAAUACGGGUUGAAAGUAGUCCGCCCACGUGAUACCAUUCUAAGAAUGUUACAACAAAAACAAUAACAACGAUGGCGUCAGAAUGUGAUCUUUGUGUAAAUAGCCACAGAGAUGUUUAUUUAAGUCACGGAAGAAAGCGGGAGGACUUGAAAGCGGCGGCCUUAGAAUUCUUCCCACUGUAUACCAGCGUUAUCCAGCGUAUAUGCGCCAACUGCUGGUCGAAAAUAUCAAAAUUUCGUGCAUUCAAACGGUCUGUGGAAGGAAAGCUGGAAAAUGUUAAAAAGAGAGCAGUUACUCCACUUAAGGGAACUCCAAAACGUAGACGGAUGUCAAUAGCUGAAAACCUUAUCUGCAGCACAGAAAAGUUAAAGUCUGCCACGAAGACGACACCAAAGAGAAUACCGGUUUUUGAAAAAUUGGUGUCCAGUAUAGAAAAGCUGAAAUUAGGAAGCUGUGAUGACACUGCGGGUGCUAAACCUAGGAAGCAAUUGUUCCAUGAUCAUGCAUAUUCACAUUCAACCACAGAGAGGACUGAGCCAAUCAGACUGACUACUUGUAAACAAUCGGAACAGAGUAAAAUAGUAGAGAAACAACUCAUAGACGACACAACACAAUUAGUGUAUUAG